AUGGAUACAGGCACAACAAAUCAUACUGAAGGCACAUUAAAGAAACGACCUUUACCUUCAUUUGUAAAGAAACUAUGGUUCAUCCUAGGUGAUGUUCCAUCCCACGAGCACAUAUUUUGGGUGGAUCACGGUCAAGUUAUUUGCGUGCCAAAUGCUUCCGCAUUCUCCAAAAUCAUCUUACCCAGGUUUUUUAAACACAGUAACUGGCAGAGCUUUGUGCGUCAGUUAAAUUUGUAUGGAUUCAGAAAAGUUUAUCAACUUAACCUAGCAUACGACGAAUCCGCAGAAAAAAGAACUGUCUGGCAGUUUAAACACGAAUUUUUUCGGAAAGACGAACCAGAGAAAUUAUGUGAAAUAAAGAGAAGGGCGGCCAAAAGCACUCAACCUUUAAAUAGUAACACAAACACACUUCAAACAACAACUUCACACCAUCCUCAAGACAUCGAAAAAGCAAACGAAGCACUGGAAGAUAAACUGGAAAGAUUUGCAAAGCGAUUAGAAUACGUCGACCAUAAGCGAAAAGAGUUAUGGAAACAAACCGUUACAUUAAACAAUAUUCAAGUUAGACAACAAAAGGCAAUACGUGUUCUAAUGGAGUUUAUGAUGCAGUUUCUAGAAAAACAUCCUGAUUCCGAGACUGAUAAAGCACGAUUCGAAAAUAUCAUGAAAAAAAUAAAAGAACAAGACGCAUCCACUAACAUGGAUACCUGUACCAUGAGUUCUGCUGAAGAAGAAGAAGAAGAGGAUGAUGAUGAUGAUGAUGAUGACGAUAUGAUCACUACAAGCUCAGCUUCACCGGCCCCAAUUUAUACAUUUCCAUCCCCAGCCCUAAAUCACCAUCAGCCUCAAUUACCUUCUAUCUCUGCCUUAAUGACGGAUCAUUCAAGCGAUAUUUUACCCCCUUUAAGAAAAAGGCCCAAUAAUAGACACAAUUGAAAA